AUGGGAUCGGAACCGGCUCUUCCCAAAUGGGCGUCGAAGCCUUGUAUCAUGGGAAUCGACGAGGCUGGCCGUGGCCCCGUCUUAGGGCCCAUGGUGUAUGGAUGCUUGUACUGCGCUUGCUCCUACCAGAAGAAGCUGGAGAGUUUAAAUUUUGCAGAUUCAAAGACACUAAAAGAAGAGAAAAGGGAGGAAUUAUUUGAAAACUUAAAGGCCGAUAAUUCUAUUGGCUGGGCUGUUGAUGUCAUAGACCCAAGGGAGCUGUCAGCUAAAAUGCUGAAGACGAAUAAGAUAAACCUAAAUGAGAUCUCACAUGGAUCUGCAAUGGGCCUGGUCAGUCGGGUGCUAGACAUGGGAGUUCUUCUAACCGAGGUUUAUGUGGAUACGGUUGGAGAUCCUGAGAAGUAUAGAUUAAAAUUGUCUGAAAAAUUUCCUUCAAUUAAAUUUGUUGUUGCAAAGAAGGCGGAUAGUCUUUAUCCAGUUGUGAGUGGAGCCAGUAUAGUUGCAAAGGUCACCAGAGACCGAGCCUUGCGAGACUGGGUGCCAGAUGAAACAGCUGAAAACAUGACGAGGAACUUUGGUUCUGGAUACCCUGGAGAUCCUGAAACCAAGGCCUGGUUGGAACACCACAAACAUUCAGUAUUUGGAUUCCCAAUAUUGGUCCGAUUUAGUUGGGGUACAUGCACCUCCUAUUUUAAAGACAUUGCUCCAGUGUUGUGGGAAUCAGAUGAAGCUGAUGGAGAUGAUUCUAGUGCUAGUGGUCGCAAACGGCAAUUGAAGUUAAGCAGUAUCAAGAGAAAGAGUGAAGAAAUCGAGUCAAGUGGCAAGGGACGCUGCAAGUUUUUCCGGACCCGUAAGCUUGAGCAAGUUGUUAAAUUCUAA